CAGCUGAUUUCGUCGCAUCGCUCCUGUCAUCCAAACUUUCUGCGCUUUUCGCGAGUUGUUUGUUGGCGCCCCUGGCAUGGCCUGCAGUAUCGGCCUUGGAAGCUGAGCGCUCGCGCUCGCCUGUUUGUAGCGACGCAAUCGGUGAAGAAAGCAACAAAAACAUUCUUGGAGAAAAUAAUUCCUGUUUUCGCAUAGUCCUUUACCAGACGAGAAGCGAAGCGUCUGCAGACGAUCGCCCAAUUAUAAUGCUCGAUAAUAAUUCACCCACUACUGGCACUAGAACCGACACCAGCGACUUACCUCAAUAGCCGUGUUCCUCGAUGCCAUCCGUCUUUCUUUCAUUGCGGAAACUUACUGCGCAUACGCAGGCGGUGGAGAGCCAUUGAUAUUCAUCGGUAGCAAACGUGCCAAGAAUACCAGCCGAUGAACGAUGGCCGCCGCAGAGCUGGAAGCCAAACUAAGCCACACGGAGCAGCAGUUGCACUUCACCAAACAGCACCAUUCCAUCAUUGUGAGCAGCCUGCAUCAAGAGAUCAAGGAGCUGCGUAAGAAGAACGCGGACCUCAACUUUAGGUUAUGUACCGAAGGAGAGAGCUCGGCCAGUGGAGGACAAGAUGGACGGCUCGACGAGGUUUCCCAUCUGCAAGAUGAAAUUGACGGGCUCAGGCGGAGCAACGCCGAACUGGAGGCAUCUCAGGGUCUGCUGAAGCUCCAGCUGCAGACCAAGGAGUGUUCACGCUGUGCCAGAAGAAAAAGGAUGACAGCGGCUAUAGCAGCGGAAUGUGAGACGUCUGACAACAAGCCUGCCGAGCAGUUGACCAUGACAUCAUCAGCAGAACAUCCAGUGGCUAUGACGUCAUCAGCACAGCAUCCAGCAGCCACGCACGCCGACCGCCAACAGAGAAAGCCCGUAUCGUCCAAGGCACCGUCACUCUCGCUGCAUCAGAAAUCUCGCUCCGUGCCGGCUGGUGUGGUGGCACGGGUACGACGUCAGCUUCCUGCUGCACCGUCUGGAUCACUGGAACAAGCCGCAGCCGUGUACAGCUCACGAUACCCCGGUUCGGUGACAUCAUACCCCGGUUCGGUGACAUCAUCCUCAGAUCGGGUAACCACCAGUGCCACAACACCAUCGGAACAAACCCCAACUGAUGAUGCUACCUCAUCUGGUCGGCGGGCACACAUCAAUCGUAUGACAUCAUCGGAGGAGACAAUUGCAGUGAUUGCAUCAUCAAUGACAUCAUUAACAACCCCAUCCAACGCAUCUGAAUUUCCCCAGCCACCUCCACCGAGCACACCGCCACCGAGAAACGGGCGGAGAUCGUCGGCCCGGUUAUUGAAGUCACGCUCAGAGACGGCCAUCAAUGCCAGACUUCAGCACCUGCAGCUGGAGCAUGAUGAGAUCUUCGGCCGGCCGCCGUGUGAGCUGUGGGAAUUGCCGCGAGAUCUGCAACUGAGAGCAGGAGAAGUAAAGUAUGAACGUCUGCUGGAGCUGCACCGGCUUUACCCUAACAAUCCCAACUUGCCGGCUAAGCCACGGGAGCGGAGCAAACUAGAAUACCUGAUCAGUGCCGGCCUACUCAGCAAGGACGGCAAGCGGCAGUUGUACUUGCUGCCACCACGACGUGACAGCCUGCCGCCGAUUCCAGCCGACCAGGGCGUAAUGGAGAGAACACCGACCAGUCGUAAGCACUCCACUGGCAUCGACGGGGGUGACGGUGGCAGCAGUCAACAUGCACUGCAAGAUCGUAACGCCUACGCCGGCCCACGGCUUGCCACCGAUCCGCGCAUACAGAAGACCAGUCGUCGUCGUGCUGCCGCGGGGCGCAACACAAACCAAGCACCGUCGGGAUCACGCAGUGCCAUAGAUCUUACCGCCCUGGACUUUGGUGCUAUGGAGGAGAGUGGUGCUGAUGCCAUUGUUCCAUCGCCCACGGGAGAGAGCAAGAGAAGAUCGCUUCCCACUGACUUUGCUGCGUCGGGCAGAACAGGCAAGCAAACUGACCAGCACAGGCAGCACCAGUCGCGCGCCGCGGCGAAAGCUCAGCACCGGCACCUUACCGAGUCGUCUACCGAAAUCGAUGUGCACGACACUGCCCUUGUAUCGCAGCAGCAGCACGACACCGGAGAACCGGUGAAUGCUGCCAAUCACUCCUCAACAACCGUCACCACCACCGCCGCAGCAGCAGUCGCAGGGUCAGGUAAAGUAGUGGCCAUGCCCGAAGGCAUUGCCAAGGUGCUGGCAUCGCCCUACCUGGCGCACCACUCCAGCAAGCUAGCCGCUCGCACGACCGUGCGCGAACGGCAGCUGCCCGAGCAUCGCGCCACCGCUCGCAGCAAGGACAUGGAACAGGCACCGCACGAGUCCAGCGAGGCCACUGUCAAGAAGCAGUAGACACGGCGGUUGAUCUACUCGGACACAACGCGUAGUCAUGAAUGUGGGAUUAGCACAAGACGUUUGAAGGGAUUCUCGUCUUCUCGAGACGCAAUGUACCGUACAAACUGCACAUGUAUGCACACUGAAAUCUCAAAUCUCUCAUACCUACCUCGACGUCUACGCGUUGCACUAGCAGAAGUGCCGGCAACACCGCCGGUGAGAAAGAUACGCGGCGUGGCCUUACAUUCCGCUCUGCUAGGCUGAGUGAGAUUCUGCAUUGUCCACACUCCAGACUGUGCAGCUGUGUUUUAGUGACGUCACCACUGCCUAUUCUAUACACUAUGUAGCAUACACUAUGUAGUGUACACUGCACAUUACAGUGCUGGCAACUGAAAUCCGAUCCCCCCCCCCCCCCCCUGAGCGGUGAGUGAUAUCGACUCAGAACACGGGAUUGUAAAACUAUGAAAUAGAGACCGCUAGAAUGUGAACGGGGGGGAUUCAGUUGCCACCGGUGUAUGUAGUAUGCUCUAUGCAGUAAACACUAUGCUGUAUACACUAUGUGGUAUGCAAUAUGCUGCCUGAAUAUUUUAUGUGGUAUAUACUAUUUCCUCAAAGCUGUUCGUCACGGUGUGUGCCUAGAAUUGCCGAAUGACUGUGUGAUGCUGUCGUGCUCCAGUCGAGUGCUGCAGGCCAAGCUGUACAUAACCGCACAGUAACUGCUUGUCUGGAUCUGCACAGCCUGCUGCUACAGUAUUCCACUCUGAGUAUCAUAAUGUGCAUAGUGCUGCUACAUUCCUAUUGGCUGACUCGAAAAUAAAUUCAAAGUAAUUAUCACUAUUCUAGUGGGAGCUUCCUAUAUUGCCUCUCCGUAUACUUCAAAAUACAAUGCUUCUAUGAAAAAGAAAAUCCAUCAUGCUGAAAUCCAUCAUGCCAGGCAGGAGAGCGGAUUGUGCUUCUGCUUGUAUGCAUUGGUGCCUAGCUGUAAUGAAACACUGACAUUUCCAAUGGCACGUCACACGUGUAAAACAGAGGAAAACACAAUGUAAAACACAAUGGAAUGUUCGUCUAUUUUGCAUUAAAUUAAAUUUUAUUGCUGGCUCAGUAUCCGAGUUAAGAUCACAAUAUUUAUGCGCUCAA